AUGUUGAUAUCAUCAUCGAUAAUUCUUUUAUUCUUUUUAUCUACUCAUAUUCAUUUAAUAUCAUCAUUUUCUAUACAUGAUAAAAUUUUCCUACCGUUAGAUACACGUUUAUUACCAACUCGUACGUUACCGUGCAAUGCAAGUUGUGUAGACUGUACCAGUAAACCAUUUGUCUACAAUACGUCUUGUUAUAUUGGUGGUGAAUGUUAUGUAGAAAAUCAGACAAGAUCAAAUGGAAAUGUUUCAUGUUUACAAUGUCAACCACAUAAGAUUCAAACACAAUGGAGUUUCAAUUCAAAAUGUUCAGCCGAUAAUUUAUGUUUUAAUCCAGAAUUUAUGUCACAACAUAUUUGCUCUGAAGCGGUUAUUGAAGGUUUUUAUUUGAAUCAUGAAGAAGCUACUAUUGUAUUCUAUAAUUUUAAUGAAUGUGGUCAAAAUCUAAAACAAUGUCAACCAGGUUUUUUUCUACAAAAUAAUACCAAUAGGCCUUUUUCUUGUUGUCCUGGUUAUUUUUGUCCCGAUGGACAAAAAUGUAUGAUUCCUUGUCGAGAAGGUUCGUAUUGUCCAUCACCAUUGGAAGCUGUAAAUGGAACUUGUAGAACUGGAGUCAAAUGUCCAGAAUAUAAACCAAACGACUAUGGUGAAUAUGGAUGUGGUGGAUCAACAUUCGAAGGUUUCUGUCCAGCUGAUUCAUAUUGUCCAGAUGCAACUUCAAGUAUUCCAUGUCCACAAGAUACAAAAUAUUGUCCAACUGGUACACAAAAGCCAUUAUCAUGUCCAUUGGGUUUUGUCUGUCUAGAUGGGCGUGCUCGACGACAACGUAUCAUUGCAAUUGUUAUUAGUAUUUUUUUUGUUAUUAUUAUUGUUUAUAUAUUGAUUACUAUUCUUUUUCAAUGGCUUAUUUUAAAGAAGAAAGUAUUGGGAGAACAUAAAUACGUUAAUCCACCAGGUAUCAGUAAUUAUUUCAAAAAACAGCAUAUACCAGAUGAUUCAAUAUCACAAUUUCAACUUAAUAUUCAUCUUUAUCAAGCAAAAUUACGUAAUGUAACUCGUUUUGAUCCAAAACAAAAUCAAGGAUUUACAGGUCAAAUUAAAGCUGGAAGAUUAACAGCAUUAAUGGGUGGUUCUGGAUGUGGUAAAAGUAGUCUUUUAGAAACAAUAUAUGGUCGACGAAGAUUACUUAACGAUGGUUAUAUUAAAUUUGCUCAACAUGAACCAUUAUCUAACCGAUUGACUGAUUAUAUCGGUUAUGUACCUCAAGCAGAUAUUAUGCAUAAUGAUCUAACCGUUUUCGAAACUGUUUAUUAUUCUGCUAGAACACGACGUCUUAAUGAUUCCAAAAAAUUGAUUAUUAACGAUGUAUGUUUUGUUCUUCAAAGAUUAGGUUUACAACAUAUGCACAAUAGUAUGACAAGAACUUUAUCAGGAGGUCAAAGAAAACGUGUGAAUGUCGCAAUUGAAAUAGUUGCUUGUCCAAGAGUUCUUCUUCUUGAUGAACCCACAUCAGGUUUAGAUACCGUGUCAUGCGAUGAUUUAUUUGAUUUAUUAGGAUUAAUUAAAAAUAAUCGAUCUGGUUCAGUUACUAUUAUCAUGGUUAUACAUCAACCAAGUCAAGAAUUAUUUGAAAAAAUCGAUGAUAUUUUCUUUCUAACACCAUUAUGUUGUUUAGCUUAUCAAGGUUCACGUAAAGAAGCAAAACAACAUUUAAAAAAUAAAAUAUUCUCAUCAAAUAUUCAUGAAUGUCCGGAAUCAAGACAUAAUGAUUGUGAUACAUGUUUUAUUAUGUUAACAAAAGCACAAAAUCAUAUUGAUAAUCAUAAAUUAAAUAUCGAAGAUACGACUCAAUCACUUAAAACAUUCCCAUGGUAUAAACGAGUAUGUUUACCAUUUAUUUAUGUUAUAUCACGUUGUAUACGACAAAUGUUUAUACGUGGUGCAAUUGCUGAAAGUGCUUAUUUAGUAUCCUAUUUUUUACUUGGUGCAUGUAUCGGUUAUCUAUUUGAAAAUGCUCAACAAAGUACAUGUAGCAUUGAAAUAUUAUCAACAAUUUAUUUUCUUAUUAGUCUUUCAUUUGGAAUAUUAACAUGUAUAUCAAGUCAACGUUUAUUUGGUGUUGAAAUUGUUGAUAAAACUUUUGAACGUGAAAGUCGAAAUUAUUUUCAUCCAUUUCAAUAUUGGUUAGCUAAAAGUUUAGUUGAUAUUAUUCGAAUGAUAUUAUAUCCAUUAUUAUUUUUAAGUAUGCUUUAUAUUGAAAUUGUACCACGUGGACAAUUUUCAUAUUAUUUUGGUAUAAUGAUACUUCUUUCAUUUGUUUGUUCAGCUAUUGGACAAUUAACUUCGGUUGUAUUUAGAAAAACAGAACAUGCGUAUUUAGCUGGUACAAUUGUUGCAUUAUUAUCUUGUCUUUUAUCUGGAUUUAGUCCAAGAAAAAGUGAAUUAGGACGUGGAGGUUUUAUUGUUACUUUGUCUUUUUCACGACAUAUUCAAAAUUUAUUAUUUCGUCAUGAAACAUCACUUUAUAUACAAUCAAAUGGAACUAAUCCACAUGUAUGGUCUACGUCAGUGGAAGCAAUGAGACAGUAUUAUUCAUUUAGUGAUGAUGAAAAUCCAUAUUUAUGGAUUUUUCUUAUUGGAUUUACUCUACGUUUACUUACAUUUUUCUUUCUCUAUAAAAAAUCGGAAUAUCGAUCAAAAAUUCGAUUUGGUAUAACGCAUAUUGGUUCUGUUUUAAAAAAUAUUAUUUCUUGUAAACCAUGUCGUCGAAAAAAGAAGGAAGAAGAAGAAAUAAUUCGAUUUCAAUUUUAA